AUGCCAUCACAAUCAGAGAACCCAUUCGAUCCUCCUCAACCACUAGACUCCAACCCAUUCGAGUCAACCGCCGAUUUACACUCAGAAAACCCUUUCAUACAUUCUAACGAUUCCGCUUUCUCCCUCGACUCGCAAGAUACAGCUAGGGGAUUAGGACAGAGUUCUAAACCUACUGCUGCUCCUACGACUUCAGGAGUAGGAUAUGGUCUACCUAGCUUUGGUUUAGGACAAAAGACUGCAGAACAGAGAAAAGCGGAUUUGGAUGCUUAUGAGGCUCAAUUGAGAGAGAGGGAGGCUGCUAUCGGUCAAAGGGAGAGGGAAGUUGGGGUUUAUAGGAAUAAUUGGCCUCCUUUCUUUCCUUUCCUUCAUCAUGACAUCACAACCAUGCCUACAGAACAUCAGACCGUCGGAAAGUUAUUAUACGCACAAUGGUUAGAACUUAUCGUAACGCUUGUGAUCAAUCUCGUAGGGUGUAUCUUACUUUUGAUUUCUGGGAGUUUAGAAGGAGGGGCGGACGUAGGUGCCGCAGGUGGUUAUUUACCAGUCAUUGGUGUUCUCUCUUUCAUUCUAUGGUAUAGACCAAUAUAUCUUGGUUUCCUCAAAGUGGAAGGUAAAGCAAUGGCUUUCUUUUUUUAUAUUUAUUUCGUUUUCCAAGGUUUUAACCUCCUCUACGCGCUUUACAUGCUAAUCGGUAUCCCAUCUACCGGAUCAGCGGGACUGAUCAACACUAUAGCCAUGUUUGCAGGAGGUCAUAUAGUCGCUGGGGUCUUUGGAGUUUUAUCAUCAGUCGGAUGGGGUUUACAAGUUGUUGGUGGGGGUGUCUUAUAUAAACGAGUAUGGGAUUACAAGAAUGGGAAUGGUGAAAUCAACUUUUCGGCGGCUUCAGACACUUUCAAAGGUGCUACACUCACCGCACUCCUUUUCCAAGGUCGACUGGGCAAAUGAACGAAUGUGUAUGAAAAGUACGAAAUAUUAUGCAUCAUUUCAUCUAGACUC